AGUCGUGAAUUGAAUGCCGUAUCGUGCGGAUUUAAAAACAAAUUAACAAUUCUUCAUUUCUUUUGCUGGUUUGUUUUCAUUUUCAUAUGAAACCUGAUCGCGAGUUAUUAGUUUAACAUCUGAUUGUGUUCGAAAAUAAAGUGUUGUGGGUGUCAGAGUGAACACAUACGAAAAAAUUAUUCACAAAUCAGAUGUCAAUUUGAUCAUAAUUGAGUUGUGUCGCUUGUUUUGGUUACCAAAAGUCAUAAAAAAGUUUCAAAUUAAAUUAUUUUGCUGUAUCGAUAGUCGAUAGCAAAAAAGAAACUAAACGACUCGUAUCAAGCAGUUAAGACAUCGAAAGACUCGAUAUAGUGAAUGAAAUAUAAAACAACAUCAUCAAGGAUAUUUACCAAGCUAUUCAUUCUAUCAACCAUAUUUGGUGCGGGUUUAUAAUAUUUUCUCAAGAUACUCUGCGUCUUUGAAGAUUGUCAUGCAAUAUUGAAAGGGAAAAGCGACAACAAACACAUAGCCACGAUGUCUGCAACAAGAGAAGAUUUAACGAUUGUACCCGCUGUGAAAAAUGAAUUGGUGAGUCAACUUUAUGAUACUUUAACGAGCUUUUCAUUUAUUGAUUUGCAUCCGAAUUGAGUAACUGAAAGACUUACUUCGAUUGAUGGGUACAUGAAAUCGUGCCACGUCGCACCUCGUUGUGGAAGAAACGAAUAAAUUGCACUUUUCAUUAGGUCAUUCAACUGAAUUUGUUUUAAUGUUUC